GUCGUACCUUUAGUCUACAAAGGGCAGUCGUUCGUCGCCCCUUUAGAGGGGCGCAGGUGGAGAUUUGUGCGACUUUAUAUAUGUUUCGGCUCUUCUACCGCUGUCUGCUGCAUGUUGUUUUCUGCCCGAUGAUGGGGCGUCACAGUGCAGGGUGGAUCGACCGGAAGAUGCCUGCUGCCUGGCUGCUGCAGUCGGUCACCAAGGAACGAAAAAGUACACAGCAGAGACGUGGCGCAUGGCUACUGUAACCACCUGGCCAGCCACCGCCCUAUCGCAACUCGUCUCGGUGAGACUUGUUCUUUUGUCGCCCACCUUUCUUCGGCAGUCUGGAUGCGGAAGCUUCUUCGGACCUUUUUCUUCUCUCCCUACUUCCAAGGUUUCUCCUUUCAGUAAUUGCCCUUUGGAGGGAGGCCUGGAUGGUGGGUUAGGUCUAGAUGUGAUGCGUUCGAUCGUGACUUCCUCAUCUUUCCUUGCCGAGAUCGGUGUCUUGUUUUGCCUUCUCGACAUGUCUCUCUCGCAAUUUCAAACGCGCGCGCACAAGGUCAAAGUGAAGCUGGUCGUUACAAUUGCAAAUAUGGAAUCUAGAGCUGACAUGGGUACAGAUCUAGAUUGCCCGUCGUGCCUCUUUACCCAGGAUAUCCCGAGAACAUCAUCUCAACACGCGGGUUCUGGCUCAACCUCAAACCAGACCCGUUCAGCUCUCAUUUCGCUGCCUCGGUUAUUGCCGUCAUUUCAUUUUGUUUGUCAGGCUGCACGGCCGUAGACUUCAGCGACAUCUGCCAGCCACCUGUCGAGAUGCUGUUUCAAGUGCAGAUGUGGUAUGUGCAUGUGUAAGUGCGGGUGCGGGAUGUGGAAGUGGUGCUGCAUCUCAUCCAGGUCUUGCUUGUAAGAGCGGUAGA